AUGCCCCUCUUUCCCCUCAAGGGCCAGGCUCUGUCCACAUCCAUCACCUGUACUGCGGGCACUGGAUUCCUUCUCUUCGGCUACGACCAGGGCGUGUUCAGCGGUCUUCUGUCCCUACCUUCUUUUUCCGACACGUUUCAAAACCCGAGCCCCACGGUCAAAGGCCACAUUGACCUGGGCUGUCUUAUAGGCGCCCUGUCAAUGAUAUUCGUAGGAGAUAAACUCGGGCGCAAACGAUCGAUUAGGCUAGGAUGUUUGAUUGUCAUCGUGGGCGCUAUACUCCAAACAUCGUCUUUUUCUCUGGUUCAGAUGAUUAUCGCUCGGAUCAUAACCGGUGUCGGCACCGUGGCUAAUACGACCGCAAUUCCUCUCUGGCAAAGUGAGCUAGCCAAGGCUUUGCACCGCGGAAGGCUGAUCGGCUUUUCGCUUGUGAUCCUGGUCUUUGGCCUGAUAAUCGCCAAUUUGGUAAAUCUGUUGUUCUCCUAUACCGAUACAAAUAAAAGCAUCACAUGGCGCUUUCCGUUGGCUUUCCAAUGUGUUUUCACCCUGAUGACUCUCGCUCUUCUAUCAUGCAUCCCUGAGUCUCCCCGAUGGCUUAUGCUGCAAGAUAGGUCAGAUGAGGCCAGAACCGUCAUCGCUCGAUUACUCGCGUGGUCGGAAGACGAUCCAGUUGUCCGAGAGGACCAUGCCGAGAUUGACCGAAGCAUCCAGCAAGAUCGCGAGAUACAGAAGCCUCGAAUGAGUGAGAUUUUUCGAAACGGGUCCCCAGCAGACAUUCCGUCGCAUCGUUCUUGGAGCUAG